AUGGCAACAGCUUUCACAGAUAUCUCUGUUUCGCCGGUCACAACAGAGGAUCCUUUUCCGGAUCUUUUCGCCGUCACAGCUGCAGCUUUUGGCGGGCAGACCAACGACGCGUUCUGGACAUCCAUCUACCCCGGCUGGGAUACACCGGAGGGAUCGGCUCGUGGAGCUGAGCGGAUGAAGGCAGGCUGGCGCAAUAUGCAGCACGACAAAGAUGGGCGGCCAUUUACGGUUAUGCUGCAGGCCAGUACUCCCACUCCUGACGAGCAGGGACGGCGGAUUGUAGGCGUGGCGAUCUGGUGCCAGUACUCAGUCGUUGAUGGCUGGGGCGUUAAGCCACUCGAGGGCUCUAUAGACCACAUACGCGAGAAGAUGGGUCUUGCUGAGCUCUACCCGGAUGACGAGGACCGGCAACGCUAUGUAGCGCGUGGGUGGCAGUGUCUAACAGCGGACCGCUGCAAAGCUAUCCAGGAGGCCUCUACACGUGAGAUUCCCGCGACGUUCGUGCUCGACAUCCUUGCUGUGCAUCCAGACGCCAGAAGCGAGGUAUUGCUGGGAGACUGGCGAGCUGGGGACUCGAGGAAGCUCACAGACGCGGUGGUCUCGAGUGUACCACCGAAGGAUCGAAGAUGGGACGAAGCGUGUACGCGAAGCUCGGCAUGA